GACGCAUCAACAGAAGUCUGUCGUGCUAUUCGUCGUGUUCUGUUUCUGUACCCGCGAUAAUGGCAGUGAAAUUGCACCCCUGAAAAAUGUGGGCGUGGCUUGCCAGCCUCAUGCUCCUCGGAGCCUGAUGCCAUCGGUGAGAAGGCUAUAAAGGAGAUCGCGUUUCUCUUUCUGUUCUUUGUCGCGCGUCAUAGCCUUGCCAUCUUAUUUGAUCCUUUCGAGUCAAAUUUACUGUGGUCGGACGAGAACGCGGUGGAGAUCUCUAUUCGCCAAGCAAAAUGUCUUCUACCACGGAGCCAAGCCCAUCGGGCACGCCAUCGAAUUGUCCUUACGGAUUUUGUGGUGAUUAUUGCUUGGAAACAUCCUCUUCGGUCUGUUGCACGGGAAGCAGUUCUGGGAACAGUUCAGGAACCGUCCAAUGUGGAAAUAAUUGGUUCUGUUCAGAAACACCAGGCCAAUGUUGCCCCUCUGCGAGUCAGGUAUACUGUUCUGGAGCCGACGCAUGUAUCGAUGCUUCAGCCGGGCAGACAUGUUGUGGUCCGACUUGGUGCCCACAAAAUCAGACGUGUGCAAGUUCAGGUGAUCGCUGCUGUCCGAAUACGCAAACCGUCUGCGCCACAGAUUGGUGGCUUGUACCUGUCUCGACUUCUGUCACUGUCAUUUCGAUGACAACCACUCCAACUGCUCAUCCCACGACGACCACUUCCUCAAAAACAGGAACCUCCAGUACCAAUACUCCAACCUCGACACCCUCUUCCUCCUCGGGCUUAGGAACUGGAGCAAAAGCGGGCAUUGCAGUGGGGGCGAUCAUUGCGGCCGUUGCCCUUGUGGGAUUGCUGUUAUUCUUUCUCAGAAAAAGGCCGAAUUCUAGAUCGCGGACUGGUCCCAUGUAUGCAGCCACGGGAAUAUCGGAAUAUGAACCUGCAACAACAUAUAACAAUGGGGGACAAGAACAAACUGCCUACCAUUCCGGUUAUGAGCCGGAAAGAAGGGAAACAAUUCCUCUCGUAACAACAACGCCGCCUGUGCACGAUGAAGCCUAUAAUCCUCCAGAAUACCCGCUACAAGAUGAACAUCCUGGCCAAGAAAUAUUUUCACAGCACGCGCCUUCUUAUCCGACAAUUCCACGAGAAUAAAACCUGAUUUCUAGUUGAAGGAUGAUGAUUAUUGGUCCAUGUCCCGGUGUCUAGGUGUUGAGGUUUUUAAGGAAGGUGCGAUACCCGCGCCAUCGGAUAUAACUUGUGCAACUCGCCAUGUCUCCUUUUUCUCAUGAUUUGUAAUUCUAAUCACUGAGCGACUUUAUCCUAAGCAAACCUAUAUUCCAUAAAAUGGUUCCUUACCUUAUCGUCUUAUCCUUCUACGUGACUUCCUUCCUCCUUGCUACCGUCCUAUCUACACCCAUGUGCAGUGAACUUGUCGUUCCUGUCCAGAUUACAGCCAACAACGCGGUACAGUCUCUCCGAAAUUCUCGUCUGUUGCUUCGUUUCAUUGUCCCAGCUUGGCAGGAACAAUUGCUAAGGUGCUUCAAAGAUUCUCGAUCCUGAUCUUGAUACCACUGGACUCUUGGCACUCCUCUCAAGCGGCAUCAAUCUACCUUUCACUUCCCUCAUCG